AUGAUUGUCGCUGCUCACAAAAAUGAGGAACAGCGGCCGGCUCUCCAUUUUACGCCCAAGAGAGGGUUCAUGAACGAUCCCAAUGGGCUGGUGUAUAGCAAAGGAGUUUGGCAUCUGUACUACCAACUGGACGACCGAAGUCUCGUGGCCGGCCGACCAGAAUGGGGUCAUGCUACCUCGACAGAUCUAUUGAAUUGGAAGAGGCAUGAGAAGGCCAUAAAAGCGCCAUCGGACAGUGAAUCGAUAUAUUCCGGCUGCUGUGUGGUUGAUUACAACAACACGUCGGGUCAAUUUGACGAGGAGUCAACCGACCCAGACGAUCGGAUUGUCGCCAUAUAUACGCUCCACCACAACCUUCAAGGGGGGGAGCACCACCAAAUGCAAAAUGUCGCCUUUAGCUACGACGGAGGCUGUACAUUCACUCAGUACAAGCACAACCCGGUACUCGACCUAGGCUGGUCAGAUUUCCGUGACCCAAAGGUAUUGUGGCAUGCUCCGUCAAACCAGUGGGUCAUGGUUGUCGCAAAGUGUCAUCAAUUCAGGCUCGGUUUCUACGGCAGCCCGGAUCUUGUCCGUUGGCAUCAUCUGUCCGACUUUGAAGGCUCCGGUGUCCGAGGGUACCAGUAUGAGAUGCCCGACUUGGUGCAGGUCCCAUUUGACGACGACCGCACCCGAAAGAAAUGGGUGCUUUUCUUGAGUAUUGGCCCCGGUGGUGCCCCCUUGGGCGGAGGAAGUUUUACUCAAUACUUCUUGGGUGAUUUCGAUGGCACCACCUUUGUCAGUGAUGACAAUUACCUGCGGACGGCAGAUUGGGGCAAAGAUUGGUACGCUGCACAGACUUGGUUCGUUCAUGAUUCUCCCCACGACGGCGGCGAGGGCGAGGACGAGGACGAGGAUGAGGUAUGUGGUAUCGGAUGGGCGAGCAACUGGCAAUACUGCAACCGCGUCCCCGCCCAGCGACAUCGAUCUGCCAUGUCACUUCCUCGCAAGUUUACCGUCCGCGAGGUCCCGUUGAACCCAACCACAAAGUCCUUGUCACUCAUAUCGAGGCCUGUCGACCUUGAUGGCGUUAGAUUGCCUCGCAUCAGCAGUCACAGCGACAACAACACCAACACCAACGGGAUGGUUGAUUAUACCAACGGUUCGGCAAACACAAACCCCAAAGUCAACCACAUAAGCAUGAAGGAGGAAGAGGAAGAGGUUAUCAUAUACAAGAGACACAUGAACGCCCAAUCCGGUUCGUUCGAGUUCAAACUCAAGAUCAAUUUGAGGACUCGUCCUCCUGCAAGGGUGUCUGUGGACAUUUCAAACCCCAGCGGUCACUCGGUCCGUCUCCACUUUGUGUUUGAAAAUCAGGAAGGGAUGUUCAUCUCCAUGGAUCGGGGUAGGAUCCGAACUGGCUCUUCCUGGGACCAUCCUCUGUUUGACGACAAGGUCUCCAUGUGGGUUCCAAACACCCAGGGCAGCGACUACGACGUCCACGUCGUGAUAGAUGCCUACGUGUGCGAACUGUUCGCCCUGGACGGCGCUUAUGCAUUCACCAACACUUUCUUCCUCGAGGACGGCGUCGCGUCGACUUUGACGGUGUCACGAGACAAAACCUCUGCCGAUGUCACGGCAGAAGUUUUGGACGUCUACGAACUCUGUCCGCUCAAGGCGUCAACGGCAGAGUGA